ACUUGAGUUCUUGAAUCUGUUCUUAUAAGGUGCACGCUAUCUAUUGUACUAGGUGAUCCCAUUGUAUGUACUCUACUCCUCAAAGAUUGUAAACAAAGAGUUAAAGCUUGACGAGAUAAUUGUUCUCUUUCAGAAUCACGGAUUGUUCAGGAUUAAUAAUGAAGAUCUAUUACAUAACCUUCAUAAUAAUCCUGUAUUGUAAAUUGGCAUUUGAUAUUAGAUAUGUGACUGCACGUAAUAGUGUUAUAAUAGAUACGGAUCCAGGCAGUGAUGAUGCAUUAGCAAUAUUAUUAGCACUUGCAUAUGAAAAAUCUAAUUAUGAAGACUUUAAAAUUUUAGCAAUAACAUGUACAUAUGGCAAUACAUAUUUAGAAAAUGUAGAAAAAAAUGUUCUUAAAACCUUAGAAAUAGCUAAUAGAAGUGAUAUACCUGUCUACAGUGGUAGUCAAAAACCACUAAUAUAUAAUUUUACUGCAUCAAAUUAUUUUGGUAAAGAUGGUUUAGGAGAUUUUAAAUUUGAUAGAAAUAUUACUGGUAAAAUAAAUAGAACGAAGCAUGCAUCUAUGGCAAUAAUAGAUAUGGUAAAACAAUAUCCAGACGAAAUUAGCAUAAUAUGCUUAGGUCCUUUGACUAAUAUAGCUACAGCUAUUAUUUUAGAACCAAAUUUGCAAAAUUAUGUUAAAAAUAUAUUUAUAAUGGGUGGAAGUGUAGCAGGAAUUGGUAAUUUUAAGCCUAAUGUAGAAUAUAAUUUUGGAAAGGAUCCAGAAAGUAAUUUUAUAUCAUUAAAUUCUACAACAAAAAUACCAGUUGUACUUAUUCCUUGGGAUAUAUGUUUUCCAUAUAACAUAUCACUGGAAUGGCGUCACAAUGUUUUUGGUAAAUUGAAUUCUACUAUGGUAGAUUUUUUAAAUAAAGCAGAAAGAAUUGCACUAAAUUCUAUGGUUAAAUGGUGCCCAAUAGAUGCAAUUGCUGUUGCUACUAUGAUAUGGCCUAGUUUUAUAUUAAAAUCAACUAUAAAAAAUAUAUAUCCUAUAAUUGAUGGAGCAGGACGAGGUUCUGUUCUUGUAGAUUAUGAAGAAUCUACUGAUAGAAUAAAGAAUGCCAAAAUAAUUCAGGAAUAUGAUAUGGUAAUGUUCAAAGAUAAAUUACUACAUUAUUUCCAAUGAUUAAUAACAUCAAACAUAACUAAAUACAUAUUACAAUAGUUCUAAAUUUAUCUACAUGGUAUUUAAAAUAAAUGAAAAUAUAAAAAAACUUACGCUAAAAAAAUUGGUACUCUUCCUAUCUGCAAAAAGUCCUUGAAAGCUUUGUCCAGGAUAAAAUUGACAAUUGUAUGUACCCAAUAAUAAAUCUUUACAUUUAGUAGUAUCUUUAGCUGUUCUAUUGUUAAAGAAAAAAUGAGCGAGUCGAUAAAAAGAUUUAUGAUGUUCAUUAAACCUUAAUAUGCACUGUUCCAACCCUGCCAGGCAAUACGCGAUUAAAGUUGCUACUUCUUCAUCAGUCAUAUAUUCUUCUGUAAUUUACAUUAAAAUAUGAUAUUAUUAGUUAAGAAUGCAAUGGGAAAUUAAUAAAUAUUUUUAAUAUAA